CAGAUUACCUUCAAAUCUGUUGCUUAAAUUACACAAAUCAUCAUCACCAAAACACCGAUUCCAUAACUUGAAUCUCAAAAUCAGAAUCUAACAUCUAUCUAUCUAUCUAUCUAUAUCAAAAUCAAAAUCAAUAAAUAAAUAAUAUAAAUGGCGCGAGCAGGUGGAAUAACAAACGCAGUAAAUGUAGGGAUAGCAGUUCAAGCUGAUUGGGAGAAUCGAGAAUUCAUUUCUCACAUCUCUCUCAAUGUUCGCCAACUAUUUGAUUUCCUUGUUCAAUUCGAGGCAACAACAAAGAGCAAACUGGCAUCGUUGAAUGAGAAACUGGAUACGUUAGAGCGUCGACUAGAAUUGCUCGAAGUACAAGUUAGUACCGCUACUGCCAAUCCGAAUUUAUUCAAGACUUGAUUCUGCUAGACUAUUAUCUAAUUCUAGAAAAAGAAAACAAAAGUUAAGGCCUAUAUGUGAGAGGCCGUGUUUAAAACUGUGAGCUGAUUAGCUUGUUUGAAUUACGGUGUGAUACGAUUAUUAUUUGCUUACGUUUCAUGUAUUUAGUUCUGUAGCUUAUAUCUGUGCAUGUUGUAAUUGGAAGAGUUCCCUUUCUGUUUGUUUUCGUAUUGAAUUUUGUUUUAAUGAAAAUUUGACUGCAGUUUGUUCUGUCA